UUUCCCUCUCAACAAAAGAAGUUUUUAAUGGACUCGUGAGUCCUGAGCUAGCUUCCCAUUCCCCAUCUCAGGUUUUUGAGGGGCAUUGCUUCUCUCUUCUCUGCGACAUUGCGUCGAUUACUUGUUCUGUAGGUGAAGCACGCAUAAGCAGCAGAGGAGAGGAUAUUGUAAAAGGCAGCUCUUUCAGUUUCUUCAAGUAUUAAUCCCAAUGACUGUUGAUACACCUCCUGUUAUGUCCCAAAGUAUCAGAAUGGGUGGAUCUCCCUUGAGCUCUAGCAAUGGCAAUGGAACCUCUCUGAAUAACUCUGCUGCCAUCUCCAAUGGUGAUGAAUAUGACAGUGAUGGUUCCAAUUUUGCUCCACCUUCCCCAGCGACCCUGUCAACUUCUAUUCCAAUAGAUUUAGCUGGAGCUAUACCCUUGCUUAAUAGAUUCCAGGUAGAAGGAUUUUUGAGGUCCAUGCAGAAACAGAUCCAAUCUGCUGGGAAACGUGGAUUCUUUGCCAAAAGAUCUGUGGGCCUUCAAGUUCAUGGAAAAUUUACAUUUCAAGAUAUGAUAUGCUUUCAGAAGGAUCCUAUUCCAACUUCAUUGCUCAAAAUUAACUGUGACUUAGUAAGUCGGGCGAUAAAAUUGUUCCAGACUGUUUUGAAGUAUAUGGGUGUAGAUUCAUCGGAUAGGGUAACUCCUGUGAGCCUAGAAGAACGGGUUGAGCUUGUUGCUAAACUGUACAAGCAUACUUUGAAGCGAUCUGAACUUCGCGAUGAACUCUUUAUGCAGAUAUCAAAGCAAACCCGGAAUAACCCUGACUGGCAAUCCUUGAUUAGAGCAUGGGAACUGAUGUAUUUAUGUGCAUCCUCCAUGCCACCUAGCAAGGAUAUUGCGGGAUAUUUAUCAGAGUAUGUUCAUCAAGUAGCUCACGAGGUGAAUGCUGAUCCUCAAGUUCAAGUCCUUGCAUUGAAUACACUAAAUGCUCUGAAACGUUGUGUUAAGGCUGGGCCUAGGCAGACAAUUCCUGGUCAUGAGGAGAUUAAAGCUCUUUUGACCAGUAGAAAGCUUACAACCAUUGUGUUUUUCUUGGACGAGACUUUUGAAGAAAUUACAUAUGACAUUGCAACAACUGUUGCUGAUUCUGUUGAGGAACUUGCAGGAAUUAUUAGACUUUCUGCACAUUCUAGUUUCAGCCUGUUUGAAUGCCGUAAAAUUCUCACUAGUUCAAAGUCACCUGAUACUGGAAAUGAGGAAUAUAUUGGAUUAGAAGAUAGUAAAUAUAUUGGGGAUUUGCUGGCGGAAUUUAAGACAGCCAAGGACCGUAGCAAAGGAGAAAUUUUGCAUUGCAAGCUUUAUUUCAAAAAGAAGUUAUUUCGGGAGUCGGAUGAAGCUGUAACAGAACCAAUGUUCGUGCAAUUGUCCUAUGUGCAGUUGCAACAUGACUAUGUCUUGGGGAAUUAUCCUCUUGGAAGAGAUGAUGCUGCCCAGCUUUCUGCACUGCAAAUCUUAGUUGAAAUAGGAUGGGUUGGCAGUCCUGAGUCAUGCACUGACUGGACUUCACUUCUUGAAAGAUUCUUGCCUAGACAAAUUGCAAUCACGCGUGCAAAGCGGGACUGGGAGCUAGACAUUCUAUCUCGUUAUCAUUCUAUGGAAAAUUUAUCAAAAGAUGAUGCGAGACAGCAAUUCCUUCGGAUUUUGAGAACACUUCCUUAUGGGAACUCAGUUUUCUUUAGUGUUCGGAAGAUUGAUGAUCCAAUAGGCCUUCUGCCUGGUCGGAUCAUUUUGGGCAUUAACAAGCGUGGGGUUCAUUUUUUCCGUCCAGUUCCAAAAGAAUAUCUACAUUCUGCUGAGUUAAGAGACAUUAUGCAGUUUGGUAGCAGCAAUACUGCUGUAUUUUUUAAGAUGAGAGUAGCGGGUAUCCUCCACAUAUUUCAAUUUGAAACUAAGCAGGGGGAGGAAAUUUGUGUUGCCCUUCAAACACAUAUAAAUGAUGUAAUGCUGCGCCGAUACUCCAAAGUGCAGUCAGCUCCUAAUGCUUCCACCAAUGGAGAAUUGUCACAAAACCUUAAGCCACCCAAUCUGGAUGGUUAUGAGAAAUGUAUCAAGGAGUUGUCUACAGCCGUUUCGAAAUCCCAUAAAAAUGCUUCUCAAUUAAUGGAAGAAUUGCGUGGAGAACAAAAGAAAGAAAUUGAAAUUCAGGAGGAGUUGGAGUUAGUGAAGCAGUCACUGAGAUCUGAGAAGCAAAGCGUAGCUGAAGUUACAUUCGAGUGUAAUAAACUCAGGUCUCUAUGUGAAGAAAAGGAAAAUGCCCUUCAGGCUGCACUGUUAGAGAAGAAAAGUCUAGAAACUAGAUUGUCAAAGCUCUGCAAUCUAGGGUAUUCCUCUUCUGAGAAUAGUGCUAAAAAGGUUUUAGUUGGAUCUAGCAACAAGGAUUUUAGUAAGAUCCAUGAGGAGUUAAGAGCACGAAGUGAUGAUUUGCAUAAAGCUGAAGAAACUAUAAAGAGGCUUGCAAAUGAGAAGUUAUCAAUGGAACAGAAGAUUCUAAGACUUGAAAAAGAGAACUCUGUUGAGAUGAACAUCCUGGAGAGAAACUUUGAACAAGAAGGCAAAGCCCUUAAGAUACGAAUUUUUGAACUUGAAAAGAAGCUGAAAGGGGUUACACGAGAUUUGGCUGUUUCUGAGUCCACUCUGACAAUUAAAAAUAGAGAGUUAGAUACACUGCAAAAUAAGUUGAAGGAAGUAGAGGAACUACGAGAAAUAAAGGAGGAUAUUGAUAGAAAGAAUGAGCAAAUUGCUGUUAUUUUGAAGAAGCAAGGAGCUCAAUUGGUAGAGUUGGAAGCUCUUUAUAAGGAAGAACAACUCUUAAGGAAGCGAUAUUUCAAUAUCAUAGAAGAUAUGAAAGGCAAAAUCAGAGUGUACUGCAGAUUACGACCUCUUGGUGAAAAAGAGAUUGCUGAGAAAGAAAGGAAUAUCAUUACAAGCCUUGAUGAAUUCACCGUGGAACAUCCUUGGAAAGAUGACAAGAUAAAGCAACACCUUUACGAUCGUGUCUUUGAUGGCACUGCUUCCCAAGAAGAAGUUUUUGAAGAUACGCAGUAUCUUGUGCAGUCAGCAGUAGAUGGCUAUAAUGUCUGCAUAUUCGCAUAUGGGCAAACCGGCUCAGGAAAAACAUUUACAAUAUAUGGUUCUGAGAGGAAUCCAGGUCUUACCCCAAGAGCUACUAGUGAACUUUUUGAAAUCUUAAAGCGUGACAACAGCAAAUUUUCUUUCUCAUUAAAGGCGUAUAUGGUGGAGUUAUAUCAAGAUACUCUUGUUGAUCUUCUAUUACCAAAAAAUGCAAAACGUUUGAAAUUGGAUAUCAAGAAAGAUUCAAAGGGAAUGGUAUUCCUUGAGAAUGUAACAAUUGUACCUAUUUCAACUGUUGAAGAUUUGAGGAACAUUAUUUUGAGAGGUUCUGAGCAGCGACAUACAUCUGAGACUCAAAUGAAUAUAGAAAGUUCAAGAUCUCAUUUGAUACUUUCAAUUCUUAUUGAGAGCACUAACCUUCAAACCCAGGCUUUUGCUAGAGGAAAGCUAAGUUUUGUGGAUCUAGCUGGUUCAGAGAGAGUUAAAAAAUCAGGUUCUUCGGGGAGUCAACUGAAAGAAGCCCAAAGUAUCAACAAAUCACUUUCGGCUCUUGGGGAUGUGAUUAGUGCUCUAUCUUCUAGCAGUCAACACAUACCAUACAGGAACCACAAGUUGACAAUGCUUAUGAGUGACUCACUUGGUGGAAAUGCCAAAACCCUCAUGUUUGUUAAUGUCUCUUCGGCAGACUCAAACUUGGAUGAGACCUAUAAUUCUUUGACGUAUGCUUCAAGAGUCCGGUCAAUUGUGAAUGAUCCUAGCAAAAAUGCUUCAUCAAGAGAAGUUGCACGUUUAAAGAAGUUAGUCGCUUAUUGGAAGGAGCAAGCCGGGAAGAAGAGUACUGAUGAAGAACUUGAAGAAAUUCAGGAAGAGAGGCUAGUAAAGGAGAGGACAGAUGGUCGACAUUCUAUGUGAGCAUAUGAUAAUUUGAUAAUGCAAUGGAUCGAUAAUUUUAGGCGGGGACCAAAUGGUUGCCAACAUUUGUAGAGGAUUUUCGAGAUUCAGUUGAGGAUGUUAUCUUGCCUUCUGUUCUGCCUCGUUUUAUAGGUGUGCGCUUGUUUAAGAUGUUAAAGCACUAGUGUGGAUAUCAAGGCCUUGCUCUCAACACUCUGCUGGGGUCUCAAUGAUCAUACUGGGCUGAAAAGAUUGACAUGAUAAUUGUAUAGUCUGAAGAGGUACAUAUUUUGCUCACCCAUGUGUUUAAAAUCGUACCCUUUUAUGUAGAUCCUAUAUCUGUGAAUGUGAAUUUACCAUUCCUGUC